UGUCGAAUGGUCCCCAUUCAGAACAGCUAGAUCUUGACUUAGCUUGUUGCCAGAGGUCGUCUCCCUCACAUACUUUCACUUAAUCACCCAUUCUUGUGUCUGCAACUGUCUCCUCACUCACUUUGCUUCUGCUUUUCUCCUUCACAAUCAGCUUCACUCUUAUUCAGGAAUGGAGGUGGCUUCCUUAAUUGUAUCACCUCUUCUACAGGUGAUCUAUGAGAAAUUGGCUUCUUAUGUCAACGGUGUGGAAACUCCUAAAGUUCAGAAGAAGAAUAUCAAGAAGUUACAAGAUAAGUUGUUCAUCAUUCAAGCUGUAAUUCAAGAUGCAGAAGAAAGACAACUAAAAGAUAAUAGGGUGAAGAUUUGGCUGUCAAAGCUUAGGGAUGCGGCUUAUGAUGCUGAUGAUCUCUUGGAUGAGAUCACUACUCAACCUUUGCUGAGGCGUUCGCUGAAGGAAAGGGUUCCAAGUGAAUCUUCGCCCUGGAAGUGGAAGGAUCCAGUCAAAGACCAGCUUAGAAGAAUUCAGUCAUCGAUAAGUAAAGAAACUCAAAGGCAGGUUCGGAUCACUUCUUUCGCUAUUCAAUCCAUCUUAAGUAGCUUUGAAAUGCGACGUAAGCUUACAGAUAUUAUUGAAAGAUUGGACGAUAUAGCAAGAGAGAUGUCUGCUUUCAGUUUCAAAGAUGUGGUAGCUUAUAAAAGAUCAGAUACUAGAGAGAAGCGUGAAACUGGACCUGACGUGGAUGAAUCACAAGUUCAUGGUCGAGCAGAAGACGUGAAAAUGAUUGUUGAUUUGUUAUUAUCAUCCGGUGCUGAUACUUGGGUGAUUCCAAUCGUUGGGAUUGGGGGAAUCGGGAAGACAACCCUUGCUCAACUAGUUUACAAUGAUCCGAGGCUGGAUGGUCAUUUUGAUAAGAAAAUUUGGGUUUCUUUGUAUGACAGUUUCAGCACAAAGAGGCUUCUGACUGAGAUUCUGGAGUGUUUGACUGAACGUAGAUGCGAAUCCUCUCAGAUGGGUGUUCUUCAAUCCCAGCUGCGAGGCUCAUUAUACGGAAAAAGAUAUCUACUUGUGAUGGACGACGUGUGGGGCGAUGAUCAAGAAGAGUGGGAUAAAGUACGGAGCCUGUUAAGAUGUGGAGCAGAAGGAAGCAAGAUUAUGGUCACCACCAGGACUGAAAGAGUUGCUUCUAUAAUGAGUAAUGCUCCUUCCCACUUGUUGGAAGGCCUAGCCAAAGAUGAUUGCUGGACUCUGUUUAAGCAGCAAGCUUUUGCAUAUGGAGAAGAAAAUGACUUUCCAAACCUAUUGCCUAUUGGUCUGCGGAUUAUAGACAAGUGCCAAGGCGUGCCUUUAGCAGCUAAAGUACUUGGUGGCUUGUUACGGUCCAAAAGAGAGGAAGAUGAAUGGUUGCGUGUGCAAGAGAGUGAUCUAUGGAGCCUUGAUACAGGUGAGAACAGAAUAUUGUCAGUCCUGAGGUUGAGUUUCAAUCACUUGCCAUCAAAUUUAAAACGAUGCUUUGCAUACUGUGCCAUAUAUCCUAGAAAUUAUCAUUUGAAUAAAGAGAAGUUAAUCCAACAGUGGAUUGCUGGGGGCUUAGUUCAAUCUGCUGGUGAUAAUCUUCACAUGCUUGAGCAGAUGGGCAAUGAGUGCUUUAAUGAUUUACUGGAGAUGUCGUUUUUCCAACUCACAAGCAGUAGUGAUGCAGUGGAGUUCAAAAUACCCAGUUUGAUAUAUGAUCUUGCAAAACUUAUAGCUGGAAAAGAGUUCCUGACAAUAGAAAACAGUGAUCAAGCACAAGUGGUUACUGGUUGUAAUCUUGCAGAAACUCGAUACGCAUUGGUAGAGAAUAAUUACAGGUCCAGUCUCCUACCAAAAGCCUUAUUCAAAGCACAUAAACUGUGUUCCCUCAACUUCUUGGCUUCCGGAGAUAUAUCAAUGGAAGCCCAAAGAAACAUAGUCCAGUGUUUUAGGCACCUUAAAAUUCUGAAUUUGAGUGGAAGUGGCAUCGAAAGGUUGCACAGAUCAAUCGGUGAUCUGAUAUAUUUGAGAUAUCUUGAUCUCUCAAAUACUCCUCUCCAAACAUUACCGGAGACAAUUGGUCAUCUGUGCAAUUUGCGAACUCUUGACCUCUCAGGAUGCACCAAUCUGCUAGAGUUACCUGGAGAAAUAGUAAAGUUAGUAAACCUGAUGCAUUUAAACGUAAAGGAUUGUACAAGGCUUGCCAGCUUGCCUGCUUUUUGGUGGUCUAUGGUGAGUCUCCGGACUUUACCAAUAGUUAUUCCUGGUGAGAACCUAGCUAUGCUUUAUUGUCUAAAAGAUCUUCAAGGUGAGUUGAAAAUUAAGUACCUCGUGAAUUGUACAGACUAUUCACUUAGGGUGGAACCCGCUGGCAAAGAAUAUGCAGGAUUUUUUCUGAAACAUUUGCAACUUCACACAUUAGAUCUAUUUUGGGGUGAUGGCGGCGAGGACAAGUUAAAUCGAAACACAUCCAGACAAACAAGACAACCUGGACAUGUUUCUGAAAGCCUGAUACGUGAACUUUGUCCAAGUCCCAAUAUAAGAAGGUUGUCAAUAAAUGGAUAUUUGGGACGCCGACUCCCCGUCUGGAUGACGUCCGAUGCAAUCCACAACUUGACAGUACUCGAGUUAAUCAAUUGCAAAAGUGUUGAAACUCUCCCCAUGCUUGGCCAACUUCCAGUCCUCAAGUGUCUCAACAUUCAAGGGAUGGACAACGUGGUGAAAAUCGAUAACAAGUUCUCCGGUGGAGCUAUGUGGCUGUUUCCAUCAUUGAAUGAACUUACCCUUCAAGACUUCCCUGAACUAAGAACUUGGGAAGGCAUGGGUUCAACAGAAGCUUUCCCUUGCCUCAAGAAACUAUCCAUCAUGAAUUGUCCACUCUUAAAAACAAUGCCAUCCUUUGGUUUCCCUUGCCUCAAGAGACUAUCGGUCAUGAAAUGUCCACUCUUAAAGACAAUGCCAUCGUUUCCAACUCUUCAACACUUAAUGCUGCGGGACUGUGAUCCAUUGUUACUUAGAUCUGCAGCAGAUCUAAGAACACUUUUGACUCUUGUUAUUGACUCUUUCUGUGAGUUAGAUUUCAUACCAAAAGUACUACUGGACAACUGUCUGCUUCUUGUAUCUUUGACAGUCAUCUCUUGUCCCAAGCUUCCUACAUUGCCCGCUAAUUUGGGGAGGGUCACGGCUUUGAAGUCAUUGAAAAUUGGUUGGUGUGAGAUGCUAGACAGUUUGCCUCAUGGAUUAGCAAAUCUCAUCUCUCUAGAGAAUUUGGAAAUCAUCGAGUGCCCUUCUUUGAUUACUCUGCCAGAGCAAAGCUUAGAAAGAUUGAGCUCACUCCGAUCACUCUCUAUCGAAAACUGUAAUGGCUUUACUUCUUUACCGAGAGGAAUGCAGCAUGCCACGGCCCUUGAGCGCCUAACAGUUAUGUAUUGUUCGAAUCUGGCUUCUCUACCUGAUGGCCUUCAAAAUCUCUUGGUGCUUAAGAGCUUGACCAUUUUAAGUUGCCCAGAUUUAGCAUCUCUCCCAGACGGAGUUCAACAUAUGAAGAUGCUACAAAAUCUGGAAAUCCGUAUCUGUCCAAAACUCAUGGCACUGCCGAAGGUAAAGGACCUCAUUUCUCUAAGAUCUUUGGCAAUUUCAGACUGUCAAAAUAUAAAGUCUCUCCCAGAAGGCAUCGAGCAACUGAGUGAACUUCAACACCUGUCCAUUCAAGAUUGUCCUGAACUUGAAAAACGAUGCAAGAAAGGAAAAGGUGAGGACUGGCUGAAGAUAUCUCACAUCCCAUAUGUUUAUAUUGGAGCAUCAGUACUUCAAAACCGACAGGACACCGCAGCCAGUUCCUCAAGUUCAAAAUUGGUGGAAUUGCGCCAUUUGUACAAUUUUUCGUUACAAAAAGUCAGAAGCACGUACUUCCUCCAGCAAAUAACGCUUGAUCAUGUUCUUAUUGCUGGUGAUACUAGGGUGGCAAAAAGAUAUGUCGCAUUGCCAACCAUUUCCGUUGUGAGCAGCUUCUAUGAUUUACUUCACCACAGCCACACAGAAGAGGAGGCUAAAUUUUCUAGUUUUAUGGAUUUCUGUUCUACCAGAGCAAGAAAGGCUAGGCUUCUUUGCAGCAAAAUUAUGGCGGAGAUAGUUUUGGCCCCUCUGUUACAGGUUGUGUUUGAAAAGGUGGCCUCUCGGAUCUUGAAAGAGAUUGCUCAUCGUUGUGGGUUCAAUGAUGAGAUCCAAAAGCUUCAACGUGCAUUGCGGAUGAUCCAAGCUGUACUUGAAGAUGCAGAAGAGGGACAAGCUACCGAUAAAGCUUUGAAGUUGUGGUUAACUGAGCUUAAAGCUUAUGAUGCUGAUGACCUGGUUGAAGAAUUUACCCCGGAGGCUUUGCGGCAAGAAAAUGACAGCACUUUUACUCAGCAGGUAAGCAACAUCAUCCCCUCUUUGAAUCCUGUUAUAACAUACCUCAGAAAGUUACCUGAGCUAACACAGAUAAGGCAGAGAUUAGACGUGUUAUUGGAAGAAAGGUCUUGUUUCAAGCUCAAGGAAAAAAUUGGAGAUAAAGAUAUGAAACGUGGACAGAAAAGAGAGACCGGGUCAUUUGUGAUUGAACCUGAAGUUAUUGGACGAGAAGAAGAUAAAGAACAGAUAAUAGGGAUGUUACUGUUAACUACUGAGAGAAGAGCCGGCAGAUUUGUCUCAGUUAUUCCCAUAGUGGGUUUAGGGGGCAUUGGUAAAACUACUCUAGCUCAAACAGUCUAUAAUGAUGAGAGGGUGAUGAGAAACUUUGAGCUGAGGAUGUGGGUCUGUGUUAAUGAAGAUUUCAAUGUGAGAAAGAUUCUUAACUUGAUGAUAGAAUCUGCGACUGGGAGAAGAUGUGAUGAUCUCCUGGGAAUGGAUGCUCUUCAGUUUCAAGUACGAGAUUUAUUGUUGGAGAGGAGAUAUUUGCUUGUAUUGGAUGAUGUAUGGAACGAGGAUGAGGAUGAAUGGGAUAAGCUUAAAAUGUUACUGAAGUUUGGUGCAGAGGAAAGCAAAGUCAUAGUCACAACAAGAAGUGCAAAGGUUGCAGCAAAAGUUGGAACAGUGUCUUCUCACCCUCUGAAGGGUCUGUCUGAUGAUGAAUGUUGGGUUUUGUUCAAGCAACGAGCCUUUCCUCAUGGCCAAAAGGACAAUCCAAACUUGUUCCCUAUUGGGAAACAAAUUGUGAAGAAGUGCGGGGGAGUUCCUCUAGCUGCAAAGACACUGGGUGGUCUAAUGCGCUUCAAAAUAGAGCCAGCAGAGUGGCUAUGUGUGCAGGAGAGUGAUCUGUGGAAUAUUUGUGAAGAGGAGAACGGGAUAUUGCCUGUCCUAAGGCUGAGUUAUAGUCGUUUGCCCUCACAUCUAAAAGGGUGCUUUAUGUAUUGCUCAAUAUUUCCUAAAAAUUAUGUCAUCAAGAAAGAUGAGUUAAUUCAUCUUUGGAUAGCAGAAGACCUGAUUCAUCACACUGAAGAAAGAAAAUCUCUAGAGGACAUUGGAAAUGAAUACUUCAAUAACUUAUUGUGGAUGCUUUUCUUUGAAGAUGUGAAGAAAAACGACGUUGGCGAUGUAAUAGAAUGCAAAAUGCAUGGAAUUAUUCAUGAUCUUGCAAAAUCUGUUGCAGGAGAAGAGUACUUUGUAUUCGAAGGUGGGUGCAUGCCAAGAAAUUUGACUAAACUGCGAUACUUAUCCGUGGUCUGCGAUUCUGGAUCAUGUUCUAUUCCAGAAGCAUUGUACAAAGCUAAGAAGUUGCGAACUCUCAUUUUGUUAUAUCCAAAAGGUGAUCUUGGUGAAAUCCCAACUCAGUUGUUCUCAAGUUUCAGGUAUCUCCGAGUCCUAGAUUUGGGUAAUUGUGGCAUCAAAAGGGUGCAGAACACAAUUUCUUGCUUGAAAUAUUUGAGGUACCUCAACCUUUCAAAUACCUUCAUAGAAAUAUUACCAGAAAGCAUAUGCAGCCUUCAUAACCUACAGGUGCUAAACCUAUCAGGCUGCUCUGAUCUCAUUGAACUACCAAGGAGCUUGGCAAGACUGCUUCAACUAAGACAUCUUAUAAUAAAUGGUUGUGAAAGAUUAACUCGCUUGCCAGGUAACUUUGGUAGACUUCAUUUUCUUCAGACAUUGCCACUGUUCAUUGUUUCAAAUGAGACUGAUCUCAGGGAAAAUGAUAAUCUAGUUGGGCUGAGACGACUGAAGCUCAAAGGUGAGCUGACAAUUAGAAAACUGGAAAACGUAAAACGUGAGUUUUUAGCUCAAGCAAACUUAGUAGAGAAAAACCUUCAUUCUUUGGAGUUAUCAUGGGGAGAUGAUCAUGAAGGUUUGAACUUGAACAUGAACAAUGAUUUUAUUUGCAAAAUGGGAGAAAAUGUGCUUGAGUGUCUUCAACCACCUGAAAAUCUCAAACGUUUGUCCUUAAAAGGAUAUCCAGGAUUCUGCUUCCCAAGGUGGAUGCGCACUCUCAUACUUCUUGGCUUAACUAAAUUGGAGUUGAUCAACUGCAAAAGAUGUGAACAUCUCCCUACUUUAGGGGAACUUCCAUUUCUAGAGAUUAUCUACAUGCGUGGAAUGAAAGCUGUGAAGGUUAUUGGCAGAGAGUUCUAUGGAGAAGACACAAGGAGAUUGUUUCAAUCACUAAAGGAGCUAACCCUCAUAGACUUCCCUGAUUUGGAACUCUGGUGGAGCAUAAGUGGAGGGAAAGAAUACCCGUCACUCGUUAAAUUAACAAUCAAUAAAUGCCCUAGGUUGUUGAAUUUGCCACAAUUUCCAUCAGUUAAGCAUUUAGAGUUGCGGAACUGCCACGAAGCUUUAUUAAGAUCGCUGGUAAAUGUAUCCUCACUUUGUAUCCUAGUUAUUGAUGUUUUUACAGGACAGUUGGUUCUAUUGGAUACCUUGCUUCAAAACAACGUUAAUCUCAUGUCUCUAACUAUCAGCUCUUGUCCCAAGAUUCGGUACAUCCCUCCUAGUUUGGGGAACCUCGUCAAUCUAAAAACAUUGACGAUCCGUUGGUGUGAGGAGCUCGUAUCUUUGCCACUGCAAUUGCAAAACCUCAGCUGCCUGCAGUCCUUGGAGAUCUGUGAAUGCCAUAGCCUUUCUGCUCCACCCCAGAGUAUAAGUGGGUUAAUCUCUCUUAAAUAUUUAUCCAUUGAGAACUGCAGUCACAUAAGAUCAUUACCGAUUGGACUGGAACAUCUUAGCUCUCUUGAACAUCUAAUGAUAAUGUAUUGUCCAAGUCUGGUGUUUUUGCCAAAUGAGUGGCAAAACCUUUCCAUGCUAAGGAGUUUGUGCAUUUUAAGCUGUCCACAACUAUCAUCUCUGCCUGAUAGUAUUCAAUAUGUAAGGACACUGCGAAAUCUGGAAAUCCAUGGUUGUCCUGGUUUAAAUGUGUUGCCUCAGUGGAUCAUCAAUCUCACACUUCUAAGAUCAUUGGCAAUAUCAGAUUGUCCUAAUAUCACACCACUUCCAGACAGCCUUCAGUGUCUUACCAAUCUCCAGCGUCUUUCUAUUCAAGAAUGUCCAAGGCUUGAAGAGCAUUGCAAGAAAAAUAUAGGUGAUGGCUGGCCAAAAAUAGCUCAUAUUGCGCAUAUUUACAUUGGAUCACCAGAGCUCAAGAAAGAGAAUGUUGCUAGCAGCUCGUCAUGCUAAUUAGAAUAAAAGCCAUCUAUCUGGUCAUGCUUUUGAAUCUAGUAGCUGCCAUCGUAAUCGUCCUCACUCGGAUCUUACUUCUCCCAGUGAUCUGCAAUUACUAGUUGCAUUCAGCAUUUAUCUAUUCCUGGAAUGUCGCGCUCCAGAAGAGAGGUGCAAGGAGGACGCAAGUGAAGAUUGUUUAACAAGUAUUGUUACAAAUGUCGAUAUUGGAUCACGAGAGCUUGAGAGCAGCCCAUCUCAUUAAGAUUGAGAACUGCCAUUGAUUAACGCAAUUGAAUCAAGAGUCAAGACAAAUGAGUUCAGCAUUUGAAGUUCCUGAAGGUAAGCUCUGCUCAUUUCCACCAUGUUUAAGAAUUUGUGUGUAUGCGUGUGUUCCUUUUAAAUCUCCAUUACUGUAAAUUAUGAACAUUCAGUCUCUGCCGGGACAAAUACAGGUAGCCUUGGCCUCCAUAAUGCGGCUUUCUUACACAUCAUCAGUCAGGUUGUUAAACUAUAUUUUUAUUCAGAAUAAAAUUUUGCAUAUAAUAAUAA